AUGGUACCAAUCAGCUUGAAAACUGAGAUGCUGAAUAAGCUACAUGAAGCCCACAUGGGCAUCGUGAAAACACAGACACGAGCACGAGAAAUUCUAUUUUGGCCAAAAAUGAACGAGGAUAUUGAUAACUUUAUUGGACAAUGUGCAGUGUGUAACAAGUACAGGAACUCUAACAGCAAGGAAACAUUGACUCCACAGGAGAUACCUUCGCGUCCUUGGGCCAAAAUGGCAGCAGAUAUGUUUCAGUUCAAAGGUUCGGAAUACCUUCUGUGUGUCGAUUACUAUUCCAAUUAUCCUGAAAUAGUCCGAAUGCCUACAACAUCCAGUUCACAAACAAUCACUGCGUUUAAAUCUGUGUCUGUUCGUCAUGGCAUUCCAACAGAACUAUUCACGGACAAAGGACCUCAGUUCUCGAGUUACGCAUUCAAGAAGUUCGCAACAGAUUGGGAUUUCAUUCACACAACCUCAAGUCCAAGAUACCCACAAUCAAAUGGACAGGCGGAUCUUGUCUUAAUCUUUUCAGCAAUGGAAAAGACCCUAAAAAAGGGAGAUGUAAUGUUGUCACAUUUGUGUAUUGUAAAUGAUAUAAGCACUGCAAGUUUUAUGUAUAUUAUAAGCGGCCUAUGA